AUGGCGUCUUUGGUCUUCCAACAGUCGCGAAACAUACUCCUCCCAGCUUUCAGAGCUCCGUUUUCUAGACCUCUGUUAUCUGCUUUUCUCCCACUACCAACUUUCCUAGGCGGCUCGUUCAAGCUACCCUCAUUGGCUUCGCUCCUCGAAGAGCUUUUCCCUCGUAUACUCCUGGCUGUUCCGAAAAAGAAGGUUUCUCACUCCCGCAAAGCCAUGCGAGCUGCAAACAAGGGCUUGAAAGACAAACACAAUCUUGUCCACUGUCCAGGAUGCGGAAGUCCAAAACUCGCGCACCAUUUAUGUCCAACAUGUUAUACUUUCCUUCAUAGAAUAUGGAAGUCAGGGAAAAAGGAUACUCACACAUUGUCAUAA